AUGGCCCACCCACCCAUCUACACUGCACUGAAUGCCCCAGUUGUCGCCUCUGUACCGUCCACUUCCUCACUUCAAUGCACUGCGGAUGGCCAGAUAUUGUUUCUUACCAAGACUUCCCUUUAUAUCAUGACCCCAAACCAUGGCUUGAACUUCGACCUUGUACCCCCCAUCCAGGCGCAACCACGCAAGAUGAAGAAAACUCCGUCCGAAAUCGAGGAAGAGGUUGAACCUAUCGGGUGGUUCCGCACUCUUGUCCAAUUCGACCGGCCUGUGAACUAUGUAUGGCCUGAACAAUCUCAGAACUGGAAUGCCAUGGCCAUGGGAACACUCGAUAUCGCUCUCUGGGCAGUUGCCUCGUCUCCCAGUGGCCUUUCCCCAAACGCGACUUGUAUAGUCGCCGCCCUCACUUCAAGUAUGGACCUCAGUCUGUGGACUUCUCAGAGGAACGCGCUCAACGGAGAGUGGAGUAAGAUCUUCGACGUAACUCCUUUCCUACUCGACUAUUUCUCUGAUGAAUCCAGCUCUGUGCGCGCGUUGAGGGCCCAGAUUACCAGUAUCCACUGGUCCUUACAAUGCGACUUCGGAAUUCGUCCUGCAACUCUGGACGGGUCACUCCUCGUCGCAGGAAACAGAGCUGGGAUGCUCUUGGUUUUUUCGGCUGUUGUUGUGUCUCAACAGUGGAUCAUACGUGUUGCGAUAUCACAAUGGCGCACUAUUGAGCAAGGAAGAUGUCAUGCCUCUGUCGCCUUUUCCGCCGACGACGGCACUGUUGGUUGUGUCAACAUAGAACAAGUCCUUGAAGAUGCACCGUCGGCAACAACCUUCGGACUAUCCUUCACUGUCCGACUUGAAAUUCUUGAUGACGAACCACGUGAGGUCGCCCGACGAGAUAUUCGUCCGGCGCGCGGGUUGCAAUGGAUAGAACUCUCAAAAACAGAGUCUGUAUUAGCGUUUACAAAACCGGGAAUCAUUGGGCUCUGGCGCGGCGCCUCCUCCUUUUGGUCUGGUCUGAAGCAAUUCACUCUCCGUCAGACCCCUCGGCUUUCUUGUGGAACAUCGAUUUUCUCCAAUGCCAUCGGUCUGAUUUACGUUCCAAAAAAGGAUGCAUUACUUGUUGCUCUCGCGGAUGGCUCAAUUCACGGACUGCACGCCAUAUCCCGACAACCAACAUGGGACUUUGCGCAAAGCCCAGCGUUGAUGAGCGAUACUUUGUCGCGGGUUGCCAGAACAACAUUCGUGCGCGUAGAGCCUCCGAGUACUGUCGAUGUCGAAGUCGUUGCCCGGGUAAGCGGAAUGGCUUCUUAUGAUGGUGGGGCCACCAUGGUUUGGUUGCAUGAAGCAGUGCGUCCAGCAGACUACAGCUACAAACAUGAUGCCCGUCACACCAACCUCUUUGUUGUCGCCAAACUAUGGAGUUGGAAUGAAGAGGAUGAUGGCAACACAGCUGUGGUUCAGAAUCUUGUGGAAGUGCUACAGGGAUCACGAGCAGCAUGCGGUAUCACGCCUGCUCACAUCCUUCGACCAGUAUUCCUUGCGCUCAGCCCACGAAGGAUCAACGACGAAAAUGGCCUCCAUGCUCAAAUUCUGUCCGUAUUGCCUUGGCCUGACUCGGAAGAUGAGACCCAUGCCAUAAAGCUUGUGCCUUGGACUGGGGCAUCCGGCUCAGAGAUGCGGCGAGAAUUUCGUGACAGUAUGACCGCAUAUCUGUUUGGCUUAGAUGACUUCUUGAAGCUUCGAUCGAGACUGGGGGUUGCCGAUUUUCUCUGGAAGCACUUAAAAACCGAGCAGAAGCGUGAUGAUGUCGGCGUUGUCGCGACUGCCCUUGUCUUAAGGUUGUCUCACGGAUUUGUGAGGACUAUCAUACGCCAUCUCGUCGCAGCGAUUGGGUGUCUUGAGGCGAGCGAUGCGCCAUUCGUCUUCCGCAUGGUUAUGCAUACCUUGCUUGCAGACGUCCCUGUAGGAUUGAAGGAAGAGGGUACACUUCUCGCACGAGCAAUGACCGCGACGCUGCCAAAUACGGAAUCAAAUGUGACAAACGGUUUGACCGAGUUCUGUCCUGCCUGUCGGGUGGAAAUUCCCUUCACCCAAGUAGGAGUCGCGAUCUGCUCUCGUCGCCAUCACUGGGAUCGUUGCUCCAUUACCACAUUCAUUUUGUCAUCAACGCGCGUUAGGGCCUGUGUCGGUUGCGGUCGCAAAGCAUUCCUUUCCUCAGAUGACAACGGUUUACCCCCGUCGGCACGGGGAUGGGCUAUAACUGCGCUCUUGGAGGCAAUACAGCGGUGUUUGUUUUGCGGUAACACCUUUGCAAGCGCGUUGUGA